AUGUUCCACCGGAUCAGCAGCCUUGUGUCGCUGAUACUCAUCCUAUCCCUCGACUCCAGGGAUUGUACGGCAAGUGCACAAUAUGAAACCGCAGGCAAAAUAUCGCUCAACAGUGUUCAAGCCUGGGCCGUCAAGCUUGGAACAGAGCUAUACCACUUCGGCGAAUUUAUCACACGGAAGAAGGAGGUGCAAGACAGUUUUAAAUCGGCUCAAAUCGAAUCGAGGGACGGGGAGAAGCUUGUGCAAAGUAUGGCGGACGACAUCCGCGCGAUGAUGGAGCUUAAGAUAAGCGCUGUCAAGAGGAUAGUGGAGGCAGCGGAGAACAUGGCAUUUGACAAACAGAACGAGAUCGUUCCCGAGGACUUCCAGUUCUACAACAGCAAAGAAAUGGAGGAGCCGUACGACGAGAUGACGAUAACAACAACGCCCGAACCGGACUUCAACCUCGAGAAUUGGAUCGUGCGACCGCCGAGCAAAAGUGCACACAUGCAGCAGAAUCCACACUUCUCCAAUAUACCAGUGAAUACCAACUUUAGUAGCGUGCAUGUACCUACUAACGUUUACGCUUGGGCACCGGACGUCAUCAAAGGUAUCCACUGGUCGGAAGGACUAGAUACACAUUUUAUUAAUAAUUACCAAAGUGAUCCGACACUGUCGUGGCAAUACUUUGGCAGCUCGUCUGGAUUCAUGAGACAUUAUCCUGCAAUGAAGUGGAGAGCGGAUCCGGUGGAUAUUUAUGACUGUCGUACAAGGGCAUGGUACAUGGAAGCAGCUGCCAGCCCGAAAGACGUGGUCGUCCUGGUCGACCGUAGUGGUUCCAUGACCGGGCAGCGUCGCGAUAUCGCUAAACAUGUCGUCACAAAUAUUCUAGAUACCCUCGGCAACAACGAUUUCGUAAAUGUGAUGACUUUCGCCGAUACUGUGGAGGAAAUCGUACCCUGUUUCGACGACUCCUUGGUGCAAGCAACGUUGGGAAACAUUCGCGAGCUCAAGCUGGCAUUAGACAACUUUGAAACCACAGAGAUAGCAAACUUCUCAGCGGCUUUGACUAGAGCUUUCACGUUGUUAGAAAUAUAUAGAAACAACAGUGGCGGCGCUAAUUGUAAUCAGGCAAUAAUGCUCGUUACUGACGGUGUCCCAUACAACUAUAAAGAGAUCUUCGAGGAGUACAACUGGAAAUAUGACACUCCUGUGAGGGUGUUCACUUACCUGAUAGGUCGCGAGGUCGCGGAUGUUAGGGAAGUGAAGUGGAUGGCGUGCGCGAACCGCGGCUUCUACGUCCAUCUCAGCACCCUGGCCGAGGUGAGGGAGCGCGUUCUGGAGCACGUCAACGUGCUGGCUCGUCCGCUGGUGCUGCAGAGGGAGAAGCAUCCGGUGGUCUGGACGCCGGUUUACGCCAACGUUACGGACCCCAAGGUAGCGGAUUACUUAUGGGAGCAACGCGAGAGAGCCGAGCAAAAGGAAAGGUUCCUAAGUCAGAAAAGGGACAAAGCACUCUUCAAUUCGGAGAAAGAACAAGAUAGAAGGUGGAGGAUUACUCAGAUGAAGCAUGGUCAGUAUAGCGAACUGGGAAAUUCCCAGUACCAAUUGAUGACAUCAGUCUCCAUGCCCGUGUACGAUCUUCGACACAACGAGAACAUCACAGAGAAUGUACUGAUAAAUGAAGCUUACUGGGUAUCAGUUACAAAAGAGUCCGUAGAGGAGAACGGCCAAAAAGAGAUGCGUAUUGCAAAACUGUUGGGCGUAGCAGGAACCGACGUGCCUUUAUCCGAAAUACAGGCUUUGAUGACUCCUUAUAAGAUUGGCGUUAACGGCUAUGCGUUCAUAGUGACCAACAACGGCUACGUACUAAUACACCCGGAUUUGCGGCCGGUGUUUCAGCAGAUAUUAAAACCGAGCUAUAACAGCGUAGACAUGUUGGAAAUCGAACUAUUCGACGACGACCGCAGCCCAAGAAACUUUAGCCGAGAAUUGACGGCAUUAAGAAAAGAGGUGAUCGAUCAAAAGACCGGGAACAAGGCUUUGAACGUCAAAUAUCAUUUGGACGACAUGAAACGCGUGUCUCGGGCUAGGAAGCAUCUGUACUGGACGGGCAUCAGCGAUUCCCCGUUCACGCUGGUGGUGACCAUACCCGAGGGCUAUGGGCGGCACCGAGUCACGCCACCCCCUAACGAUGAUAUUCACCGUUUGUCAUUAACUUCCAAAAAUAUUUCGGCUAGGCAAUAUCUCUCUGAUAAAUGGAGCGUGCACCCUGAUUGGUUAUACUGCAGACACUACGAGCGUACGUUUUCUACGCCCGAGGAGGAGCUGCUUUAUUUCUUGGAGAGGGUUGCGAAGCCAGGAUGGCGGUGGCCGGCUAAGCCCCGGCCGCCAGAGCACCACAAGAACAAAGGCCACGAAAAACAUAACAAUGGAGGCACAUCGGACGUCAAGGAGCGCAAUAAAGCGUCUAAUACAACACCGCGGGUGGAAUACUACUGCGAUCAUGGACUCAUGCAAGCGUUAGUAUACGACGCGAGGAACACAGCCUGGUUUAACAGAAGCAUAUCGGAUUCAGCAUCGGAAGAGAAGGCAGCGGAGUUCAUUCAGCGAUUCGGAUACGUUGUGGCCUUCCUCGCGACGCACAGCGGUCUAACACGUUGGCGGACCCACCCGCCAAAGGAGCACGAACCCGACAAGUCGGAAUUCGGGAGGCAGUGGCCGCGCGCCAUAGACGAGGUGUGGUACAGGCGCGCCGUGGAGCAGCACUACGUGGAGCCCCUCAGCUACGUGUACAGCGCGCAGCUCAGCACCGCGCGCGCGCCCCUCAACGUAAGCACCGCCAUGGUGACGGCAGCGCACGCUGUGUUCCACGGCGACGGGCACAGGAAGGCGCCCGCGGCGGUGGUCGGCUUCCAGUUCAAGCACGAGCGCCUUAGCGAGUGGUUUGAGAACAUCACCUCUUCGUGCGAACAUAACAAGGAGUGCGUCACUUGCCUCUCCGAUAACUGGGAUUGUUAUUUAGUAGACAGCAAUGGUUGGAUCAUCGUCAGCGAGGACUCCUCGCAAACUGGACAAUUCUUUGGCAAAAUUCGACCCGAUAUAAUGUUGAAGUUGGUUGAAGACGAAGUGUACAGAACCGUCCACAUCGUGGACUACCAAGCGGUCUGUUUCCGUGAGAAGAAGACCACAAAUCCAGCAUCCAUUAUAUUGACGCCGUUUGAAAACCUGCGCCUUAUCAUGGCGUGGUUCAUAACGACCACAAUUUGGACCUAUAACUCCAUUGCCUCGAGCCUGGCACAAGCGUCGAGUUAUUCUUUCUACGACGAAUAUGUAACACCCACUGUGGCCUACCAGAAUUACGAGAACGACGAAGAGACCGACGAUAUGUAUAUGUCGAAACCAUCGAGGAUUCUGGAAAGGGACUUCGAGAAGCUAGUACUAAUUAAUCGUACGAGACCGACGCCGUGCGACCGAGAGAUGUACCUUUACCAAUUGGAGUAUAAGAAUUUAGACGAGAAACUGAACAGACCAGUCAAGGAUUGCGAGAGGCCGUUUUACGCGCAGCUGGUUAAUUACACCAACAUGCUACUGAUAGUGGUGGAUGCCUUGUGCCCGAAGGUCGAAGCCUCCAUCCUAUCGAUCGAUCCCGCCGAGGUGCAGUACAACGAGUCAUUGCCAUGCUUGAAACAUAAACAUCCGUUGUAUAGAAGACAACCGACGUCUUGUAUAAGAAACCAUACCGAAGAGAGCAACAUUGAUAUGUGCGGGCGUGGCAGCCUCCCUCACAAGAACAUGUUCUGGAUUCCUUUAUUAAUAUUAAUGUUUUUGGUA